CGGCCUCAGAAGACACAGUCAGUGCGAACAUACCUACACAGAGACCUGCAGGAAUACCCACGCAUGCAGCUGUCCGAGGGGAAAAUGGCGAUUCGCAUGACGAAAUCCCUAAACACUACUCACCAGUAUCUCGAACAACCAGCAUCGUGGUGACCAUUGCCAUUGGCCCGAAAGCUCAUGAUCAGACUCGAGAUCUAGUGUCCUAAAUUUGAUCGACUUCGCGAUCUUCUACUCACUCAAGUGUCGCAGCCUCCAACCCUACAAACUGCAUCACCGCCAACACGGCAUUAUGCGAUCUGCGUCGAUCUUGAGGAUGGCCUCGGCCUCCGUCUCAAAGGGCAACGGCCUGAGGCCAACGCCGAUGGCCCUCUUACCCCCUAUUCCGCUGUACCGUCGUCUUCUGCGCGCACACCGCAAGCACCUUCCUUCCGAGAUGCGAGUGCUGGGUGAUGAGUACAUCAAGGCCGAGUUUCGUGCCCAUCGCACGGUAGAUAACCCGGCGCACUUGAUCGGUUUCUUGACUGAGUGGCAAUUAUACGCGCAAAAGAUCGAGGGCAACUCGUGGGUUGGCGAGAAGAUUGACCCCGUCAAGGUUGCCAAGAUGAGUGACGAACAAAUCGGCCAGCUUUAUGAGCUGAUGCAGGCAAUCAAAGAACGGCGUGAGUCAGGAGAGGGCGAGGAUCAAUCAUGAUAUCAGUGCCUCAAUGAAGUACCAUCCAAGUCAAUAAUGCGACGGCCGCGACUUGUGCGCGUUUGUAUUACCAACUAUGUAAAUCUACACUUCGAAGAGAGAAAAUGCUU